AUGCUGGUGGGCAACUACGCCAACACCCUCCUGAACACCAGCUUCGAAUUCCCAACUUACAUCCGCCACGGUUCCAGCAAGAACCUCUUCGAGACUGUUGAGGAUGACGAAGUGACCCUGGGAGUGGCAAUGUUCGACUACCAGGGGCACUUGAAGUCGACCGUGCCCACGCACCACCCCUUCAAGAAGAUCCUGGCCCUGACCUACUACCCGCAGCCAGAGAUGAUGGAGACGAUCGAGGGCCCGAACGGCAACAUUAGCAUGGAGACUACGACGGCCAAGAGUGAUGCGUACUACCACCUGUGCGAGACAGCCUCUCUUGUGAAAACGAAGUGGUUCGCCCUCACGGACAACUACCACAUCAUCAAGGCACCUGUGAGCGUUCUGAUGGAGACGGACGACAAGCCCGUGCUGCCCUACGUCCUGAGGAACUCCAAGUACUGCGGUGAGCGUCCCAACUGCGAGGCUUCCAUGGAGCAGGCAGAGACGCUGUUCAGCAUCACGCUGAACUACCACCACGACAAGUACGAGGUGCUGUACAAGACCGAGGAUGCCAAGAAGUUCUGUACGGCUUGGGAUCUCGCAACAGCAUCUCAAUCGUGGAGCGAUUGCAGCCUGGCCUUUGGCCCUACCGGGGACGACUACAUCGCCUGGAAGAUCAGCGACCCAGAGUACAACAUCACCAACGAGUUCACUCCGAAGGACAAGACACGCUACGGCUGGCGAGCAUGGACCAGCCUGUGGAACCCGGCUCCAGUCGAUUCCCGCGACUGCAGCACAACCCUCUACGGCCCGAAGGAGUAUCUGGAGACCCUCGGCAACAUCUCCAAGUGCGCAGUUUCCUAUGUGGAGGACGAGGCAGGCUGUGCUGGUGACACUACGUGCAUGUGGAAGCCCAUGUUCGAGUCGGGCGUUUGCAUUCAGGACCCGAAGGCGGGUGUUGUCACCUCAACAACGGUGGCGGGAGCUGUCUACAGCAGCAUUGAAGUCUCUAUGGAAAUGACAGUGGAAGAUCCGGCCACGAUCACCGAGAACGCCACCGUGACCAAUGCCAUGAUUGCAGGGUUUGCAGAGGUGAUGGAAGUGGAUGAAGAGGAUGUCACGCUGGAGUUCGAGACGAACAGGCGCCUCAGUUCCCAUGCAAGGAAGCUUCAGGUCACUCUGACGGCCAUUUUCACUGUGACAAUGCCCAGCAUCGAAGCAGCCAUCGAAAAGCAAGUGGCAAUUGAGACAGUGUCUUUGGCGAAAACGACCGAAGCCAUCAGCACUGCUGUCGCCAGCACUGGCUUCACAGGCACCGUGGAGGUCACCGGCAAGUCGACGGUUCGCGUCGCUGCACCGACGACCACGACCACGACAACGACGACCACGACGACGACGUCGACGGCAGACAACAUGACCGGUGACGAUGGAGACGACGGCGACGAUGGUGACGAUGGUGACGAUGGCGAGGAGCCGCCCAGCUCGGCAAUCGCUGGCACCGCCUCUGCCGCUGUGCUAGGACUGGCCAUGCUGUUCGCGGCCUAA